GACAGACAUGGCUUUGGACCUGCGAGGGAUAUUCCAAGAGAAUAGCACCUAUAACUAUGAUGAGGACUAUGUUUAUAAAGAAGACUGCUCCUCUGAAGAUGGCGUUGGGGUACGUUUUGGCGCGGUGUUCCUCCCGAUGCUCUACUCCCUGAUGCUAGUCCUGGGGCUGCUGGGUAACGGGCUGGUCCUUGUGAUUCUGGUCCAGAAGAGGCGGAGCUGGAGCGUGACAGACACCUUCAUCCUGCACCUGGGUGUGGCCGACACCCUGCUGCUGCUCACGUUGCCCCUCUUGGCUGCUCAGGCUGCUGGGGGAUGGCGCUUUGGGACACCCCUCUGCAAGAUCACUGGAGCCAUGUUCACAGUAAGGACUGGGGGGGACGGGACUGGUCAAGCAAGUGUAUAUACCUGUAUGAACACAUAAACUGGGGGGUUGGGGAUGGGGAGAGGGAGAGGGGGUAAUGGACUAGUGUGGAGUAGUGUGGUAUAUGAUGGGGGUUCUAGUGCUGUGAAAUCCGAGGGCUAGGUAGUGUGGGAUAGGAAGGGGAGGAAGGGUUUUUAGAUCCUAAUAUUCUACUAAGUCAUCGGAUACACUUUCAAUACAUCAUUCAAUCCAGAUCACAGUUAAUGUACUCUUAAUGGGCUCUUCCUCUGAGUCCAUUAAUAAACUCUCAACAUUUCUGGGAAAAGAGGAAGUGCAGAGGAGGAACACAGCUGUGUCAUCUUAAAUGGUCUAGCAGCCAGAGCUUUCUCGGAGAUAUUCUCUCUCAUCUCAAAGAAGAGGGAGAGAGAGAACGGAAGAGAAGAGAGAGAGAGAGAGAGGCUCUCUAGAGAGAUAAGAUUCCUUAGAGCUCUCUCUAUAAUCUCGUCUCGUCGUCUCUCUCUCUCUCUCUCUCUCUCUCUCUCUCUCUCUCUCUCUCUCUCUCUCUCUCUCUCUCUCUCCUCAGAUCAACUUUUACUGUGGUAUCUUCCUGCUGGCCUGCAUCAGUCUGGACCGGUACCUGUCCGUGGUCCACGCGGUCCAGAUGUACUCUCGCAGGAAGCCCUGGAUGGUGCAGGCCAGCUGCCUGUCCGUGUGGCUCCUCUCCCUCCUCCUUUCCAUCCCCGACUGGCACUUCCUGGAGUCUGUGAGGGACACCGGACGAGACAAAGUGGAGUGUGUCCACAACUACCCGUCCCUCUCCCAGUCUGGCUUUGACUGGCGCCUGGCCUCCCGCCUGCUCUACCACACGGUGGGCUUCCUCCUCCCCUCUGCCGUGCUACUCUUCUGCAACUCCUGCAUCCUGCUGCGGCUGCAGCGCGGCUCCCAGGGCCUCCAGAAGCAGAGGGCCGUCCGGGUCAUCCUGGCCCUGGUGCUGGUCUUCUUCCUCUGUUGGACGCCCUACAACAUCACCCUCAUGGUGGACACCUUUCAGGGGAGGCCUGGGGAGUCUGAUUCUGAGUCAUGUGAAAACGGGAGGAAAGCUCUGGAGAACAUUCUGGUGGUCACGUUCGCUCUAGCCUGCCUGCACGCUUGCCUCAACCCAGUGCUCCAUCUCGGCCUUUGUAGAAACUUCCGGCGACGCGUGCUGGAUAUGGUGAGGUGUGUUGAGAGGGUGCAGGACGAUCCGAAUCUCUCACUGUGGGACUCAGGUGUGGUUGAAGACUCACCUGACCAAGCAGAAGAGAAGGGGACAUUGAACCCAAUGACCCCCAUGGGACAGGUACAGUCCACCCAGAGCUGAUGGGUAGGAAGAGGAUCCUAAUGACUAAUACAGUAUGUCAUCCUGCCUUGAGGGGAAGUUGAUGUAUGGGUCAUGGGUUUGGGUCUGGGGAUUGGUGGAUGACCGUAACCUGUGUCAUGAGAGAAAGACAAGCGUAGUAGAAAGCCCCUUAUGAGGACUGCUUUCUUUGAAUUGCACUUUAAUGGAAAGCACUCAGGCUAAAUGUAUAUUUCUAUAUUUUUAUAAAGUCAGCUGGUUGUCUGAUCGUCACGUUUUGUUUUACCUAUCGAUGUCGUCAGGCUCUGUAGAAUCUGUUGGAAUGAAUCAUGCAUUAAUUAUUCAAACCUACAUCUAUUGUAUUACUAUUUGUACAGAGCACUUCACUGAAUGUAAUGGAUUUAAGAGGAAACCUGGUUCUCAGCAGACACAUACAUCAUACAUUUAGAUUAUUACACUCCCCUACAUAUUUAUUUG